AUGAACAAAAUGGACUCAAAUCAGCCUCCUGCACGAGUUUAUAUCUUUACAUAUCACCGAACCGGAUCAAAUCUGCUCACCCAGCUCCUCGCACUAGAAGAUCAACCCAAUGUCCAGCGCCAGGAGGAGCCCGAUAUCAAUGGGAUGCGGUUCUUCGUUCCCCUCCUAUCAUUGAAACUCGAGAGCGGCCACAUGGGGACGCAUGUACAUGCCCUUCCACCUGACCAAAGAGAAGAACAAGUGAGGUGUAUCAAAGACGGUUACAAACGUCUGCUUCAACAUCUCAAAAACGCCGAACAGGAAGGGAAAAUAAUCUGCUUCAAGGACCACGCACACUACAUAACAGAACCAGUUGCCGAAACACGCUUGCUCUAUGGCGAUGGCAGCGUUACCGACGAAUUGCCCUGGACUCUGCGUGGGCCCGACGAGCUUGAACAGACGGAUAUCGGUCGCUCAGAUCUCAACGAAACCUUGUUUCCAGACGACUUUCUGAAGACAUGGAAGCCUGUAUUUCUUAUCAGACAUCCUGCGGCGGCUUUUCCGUCAUUUCAUCGCGCGUUGGUCAAGGCCUACGGCCCUGAGUUUGUCGAAUCCGACCAUGGCCGGAAAUUCUUUCAAAAAGCCAUGGCCCUGCGAUGGAUACGCAAAUUGUACAACUUCUAUGCGCAACACUUUUCCAAUUCUCAACAUGAUCAGGUACCAUGGCCUGUGGUGAUUGAAGCGGAUGAUAUCAUAACUCAGCCUGAGAUCUUGAUUAAACUCUGCGAUAUCACCGGCCUAGACAGCUCUAGGAUUCGCCUGAGUUGGGAGAAGAAAUGCACCGACGAACCUCUAGCAUGGCAGGUGUUUCGGGGAACACUCUAUGAAUCUACGAAGCUUGAUCCCUCGAAGGUCGUGGGCGAUGUUGAUCUGGACAAGGAGUCAGUCAAAUGGCGGGAAGAAUUCGGAGAUGUGGUCGGCCGCAGAAUGGAGACAAGUGUGCGAGAGGUUAUGCCCGAUUACCUAUUUUUGAAGUCGAAGAGACUUCGGCUCUAG